UCGCGGGUGUAUAUUAAAGAAUCGGCUGCUGUAAGCUAGGAAGUGUUCUGACUGCGGUCGACCAACCGUUGACCUUCCGUCCUCUCACGCGCUUGAAACAUGGCUCUGAGCCGGCUGGAAAGAGUUCAGGUAUGGCUGUUGAAGGCGGUCACAGGGGUCCUCGUCAUCGUUUUUCGCUUCUUCUCCCCUCGGAGACCUGCUCUGUCCGGGAAGAAGCUCCCGCCCGUCAGAAACCCGCUGCUGCUUAUGUCGGCGACGCAGCUCGCCAAGAAGAUCCGGCGAAAAGAGGUGUCCAGCGUGGAGGUGGUGCAGGCUUACAUUGACAGGAUCCAGGAAGUUAACCCUUUUGUGAAUGCUGUUGUGAAAGACAGGUUUGCGGCUGCCCUCCAGGAGGCGGCUCAGGUCGAUAAGCUGAUUGAGGAGGAGACUGGAGGAGAGGAAGUGCUGGAGGACCGGCUGCCUUUAUUAGGAGUCCCACUUUCUGUGAAAGAGUCUUAUGCCCUCCAGGGCAUGCCCUUCACUACAGGCCUGGUCUCCAGGCGAGGGAUCGUGGCCACAGUCGACGCUCCACCUGUGAUUGAAGUCUUCGUGUAUGACAGCGUUUUGCUUACAGAAAAAAAUACUUUUCCUUUAGGUGUCGUGUCCUGUGAGAACCAGUACCCUCCUUCCUCUGGCAGGCAGGAGGAGUACCUCAGCUCUGGUCCCAUGUGUCGCUACGCUGAAGACCUUCUGCCUAUGCUCAAGAUCAUGGCCGGACCCAGAGUUAACAUGUUGUCCUUAAACACAAAGGUCGACCUAAAGAAGCUGCGGUUCUUCACCAUCCCUCAUGACGGCGGCUCUCCUCUCACAACCCCCGUCAGCAAAGAGCUCGUAGACAUUCAGAGGAAGGUAGCCGAGCGCCUGGAGGCAGACCUCGGAGUGAAAGUCCAAGAAGUGCAUUUCCCUGAGCUCCGCUACAGCUUCGAGAUCUGGGACGCCUACAUGGCCCUUCCUGACAAGGAGGGCAAACCUCCUCAGAUGUUUGCUGAGUUGAUGGGAGAACCAGGACGACCAGCUUGGCCUCUGUGGGAGCUGCUGAAGUGGAUGAUAGGAAGAUCAGACCACACCCUCGCUGCUAUCAGUGUGGGCCUGAUCGAGAUGACUCACAUGUCCAAAACACCGUCCUCCAUCAUCCAGAUGAAGGAGAAGCUGCAGAAGGAGGUGGAUGAGCUGUUGGGUGCUGACGGUGUUUUCCUUUACCCCUCUCACCCCAAAGUGGCCCCCAAACACCACCACCCGCUCCUAAGACCCUUCGACUUCUCAUACACUGGUAUAAUUAACAUACUGGGGCUGCCGGUGACUCAGUGUCCUCUGGGUGUGGGUGAGGAGGGUCUGCCUCUGGGCGUGCAGGUCGUUGCAGGGAAGCUGCAGGACCACCUGACCCUCGCUGUGGCCCUCCACCUGGAGAAGACAUUCGGAGGCUGGAAGGACCCCGGAGCAAACUAAAAGCACACGCUCACACAGUAGCAGUCAUCACCAAGCCUGCAGAGCAGGUCUGGUUUGGCUGAGGUAGCGGUACUGCCUGAUGUAGUACAGAGAGAGCUAGAGUCGUUGCUUUGAAUGUUGUAGUAGGAAAGAUUUUGCACUAAUAAGAAUUCAGUCAUGAUUUUGUCGUCUACUCUUUUCACAGACUGCCAUGAACCUGAGCUUUAACAAACUGAAAGGCUAUCAGCUCUCUCUGAGCAUUCACUGUAUGACAUAGGACAGGGUGUUUGUGUAGACAAGCCUCGCACUGUUAGACUUCCCUUGUUUUUCCACCUGCUUCACUCAUGUACGUGCAGACUCAUUGUUACUGUUUUGACUUUCAAAAGGUCACUUUUGAUUGUUUAUGUUCACACUCGCAGCCACCCAGGUUGUUACUGUUGCUCUAAGUGAUUGGACCUCUGCAAACACUCAGCGUGAACCUGAGCAGAAGUCUCCUGAAUACAUUAAAUAAUGAUUUGUGCCGCAACUACAGAGGCAAACGGACAGAGCUGACAAUCAGGUACGGGCUAGACGUGAUCAUGCAUUAAACACUGGAAAUAAAGUGUUAACCAAAGUGCUUUAUAGAGAUGACAUUAGAUGGUCCAAUAAGCCAGAACAGAAUGGCAGGCACUAGUGGAAUAGAGAUUAUGAAGGAAUACUUAUCUGACAUCGGUAGAGGAAAACAGCCUUAAUUU